UCCCGGAUGUUGGCACGGCCGCCGAGAGAAAGGCGAACGAAAGAAGGCGGAGAGGAGCAGAGUAGGGACGCCACAGCACCGCGGGUUCACCGGCGAAGCUACGGCCAGCGCGGCUUUUUGCACCACAGGACGAUAACGUCAAGAGCGAAAGACACUCCCGUGGGGCUCCUGCUGGCUGAAGAAGAGAAGGUGGAAGGAAGGGGAGGGGGCAGUUACUCUGAAACUACCGUGAGGAUUUACAGGGAGCCACCGUCACAGCAGCUUUCACCCAGAUUGACCUUCAGAAGAUGCUCUGCUAAUGUCCUGAGCUGAGGGACCCCUGACUUCACCCUCAAGCUGUUACUUGCCUCAGUUUGUUGCUUAAACCGUGAUCAACUCACCAUUAGUCAGCGAACGCCGACAGCGACCACCACCACCACCUCCACCUUUUCCCCACCCCCCCUUCUUGCCCAGCCUGCCGCCACCAUGACGUCGGAACUGGAGAGUAGCCUGACCUCCAUGGAUUGGCUUCCUCAGCUGACCAUGCAGGCGGCCAUCCGCAAGGCGGAUGCUCAAAAUGCCCAUGGACCAGGCAUGGGCAAAAAGAGUACCCUACUGGAUCCUAACACCACGUUGGACCAGGAGGAAGUGCAGCAGCACAAAGACGGCAAGCCGCCCUACAGCUACGCCAGUCUCAUUACGUUUGCUAUCAACAGCUCGCCAAAGAAGAAGAUGACUCUGAGUGAAAUCUACCAGUGGAUCUGUGAUAACUUUCCCUACUAUCGGGAGGCGGGCAGUGGCUGGAAGAACUCAAUACGGCACAAUCUGUCAUUGAACAAGUGUUUUCUCAAAGUGCCUCGCUCUAAAGAUGACCCAGGAAAGGGCUCUUACUGGGCCAUUGACAACAACCCAAAGGAGGAUGCCUUGCCUACACGGCCAAAGAAGAGGCCGCGUUCCGGAGAGCGAGCUUCUACGCCGUACAGCCUGGAGUCUGAGUCUUUGGGGAUGGAGUGUAUGAUCUCUGGAAGUGCCUCUCCAACGCUGGCAAUCAACACUGUGACUAACAAGGUGGCGUUGUACAACACAGACCAGGAAGGGAGCGAUAGCCCAAGAAGCAGCCUUAACAACAGCCUGUCUGAUCAGAGUCUGGCCUCUGUCAAUCUCAACAGUGUGGGCAGUGUGCACAGCUAUACACCGGUGACCACUCACCCAGAACCUGUGUCCCAGUCUAUGAGCCUCCAACAGCCUCCACAGUACAACAUGCCAGACAGGGACAAGCAGCUCCUGUUCUCUGAAUUUGAAGAUCUUAGUGCCUCUUUCCGCAGCCUUUACAAGUCUGUUUUUGAGCAGUCCUUCAGCCAACAAGGUCUCAUGGGCAUACCGUCAGAUUCCUCUCAGCAGACUCACACCUCCUGCUCCUAUCAACACUCCCCUAGUGGCACUAUAAGUACACAGAACAGUCUGUCAAACAACCAGUCUAACAAUCACCCCAACAGCCACUCUGCCAACAGUGGCCAGGUGCCCCUGUCCCAUCCCACCCAAGCCCACCCUGGCCACGGCUCACCCCACGCACCGCACCUCCCGCAUCACGGCGGCCCCCACAACCAACACAGCCAACACGCUCAGCACAGCCACAGUCAGCACCAACAGCACUCCCAGCACCCCCAGCACGCUGCACACUCCCAGCACCCAUCGCCGCACCCGUCCCACGGCCAGCACCCACAGCAGCACACGCCACAUCCCUCCCAACACACGCAGCACAGCCAGCAUCCUCCUCAGCAUGGACAGCAGCACCAGAGCCUCUCCCACCAGCCACAUCCCACCCAACAACAGAUGGCCUGCAACCCAGGUUUACUGUCUGACUGGUACCCAAAUCUGGAUGCACUGAAAGAAAGCUGCCGUAUUGCUAGCAGCUAUAACUGGGCUGAUGUUGAUCUUUCACCUUUUCAAGGUCUAAGAGAGAGUAUGAGACAAGCGGAGUUGAACAACUGGUCCCUGGAGCCCACACAGAUCGCGGACCUUUGCUCGUCCAUCAAUCAGUUUUUUGCCCGCACUGGUGUAAUCCAGCCACAGGGGGCAGUGCAGCCUUCUGUUUGCCACGGCUCCAUGCACCCCAACAAACCCAGCCAGCACCUCAACACAGGAAAUCUCUACAUGGACUCCAGACAGAGCAUGUCCAUGAUGGGUCCUCCAGGAUAUCCCCACAUGCCCCCCAUGAACAACACAGGACCCACUAUGACAGGACACCAUGCACAAAUGAACCAGCAGCACAUGAUACCAACUAGAAACUUCCAGAUGCAUCGCAUGCAAGCUGACGAGAUCCAGGAUGACUUUGAUUGGGACUCCAUUGUCUAGCCCCCUUGACCUCCUUUUUUGUAAACAAAAAUGGAGCAAGGAGAAGGGAGGUGGGAGCCAGAGGAAGCCACGCUGAGCUGAAAAAGGCCACAGCGGGAGGAAGAGGAGGACACGGAGGACACUGUGGGUGGGAUGCAGGAGAACAUUUGACAAAGCUUUGGAGAAAGACAGACUUCAGAGUCCUGACAUUUUUGCAAAAAAACAAAACAGAAACAUAAAAAUAUAAAAUGUUAACUUUGAAGACAAUCAUAUUUAGUCGGACAUUUUAAAGUUAUUGCUUACAUACUCGUCUAGAGACGAGUAGAGAAACCUUCACGUCUAUACCACAUGCUCCUCAGCUCCUCGGCCAGCCCUCUCCCCGUCUUUAGCCAGCAGCCUUCCAAAGUCUGAACCCCUCCCCCAACCCCCUGCUCUGUAUCUGUUAUGUAAUUUGAGCGACGUGUUCAGCUUGCAAUUCUUCUGUGUUGACCUUGGCCUCAGCCGUCUUUCGGAUGAGUUUAUCUCUCUCGCUCUUUUUUUUUUUUUUUU